AUGGCAAAGCAGAUGUUUCUCGGACAGUUUUUCAAAAAAAGAAGCGAAGACGUACCUGAAAGGAAUGGAUCAACCGCAGCAGCGUCAAUAGCACCUGCUACUGACAAAGAAAAUGACUCAGCCGGGGACGGGCAGCCCGCAAAAAAACGAAAACGAACUUUCAAAGAAGAAUGGACAGAACAAUUCCGGUGGCUAAGACACGAAAGGGUGGAUGGAGGUACAGAGACAAUGUUUUGUGUGAUUUGUGAGAAAGCAGGGAAAGCCAAUGGGUUCACCAAAGGCUCUGUGAAUUUAAAGAAAUCCGCGUUAGUCGAGCACAGCGAGUCCUCUGAUCAUAAAUCGGCUAUGGCAUUAACACCUCAGCAAAGUGCAAUGAAGCAUCAUUGUGAGCUAGCCACGAAGUCCAGAAGAGAUUCGCUGGUGGCACAGAUGAAGGUGGUCUAUCAUAUGGCAAAAAGUGACAUUCCAACUCAUCAGUUCCGUGGACUGACCGAAUUACUCCAGUCUUUGGAGGCCCCUGAUUUUAAGUGUAGUGCGAAUGUAUACCAGCACAACCAGUCACUGAAUGACAUGGAAGUUGCGAUCGAGAAAACACUAAUAGAAGAGCUUGACUACAAACUUCAACAGAGUGAAUUCCUUGGCCUAAUAGUGGAUGAAACAGUCAACAUCACCGUGGACAAAAAGCUGAUCGUCUACCUGAAGUUUGAGAACAACGGCAAAGCAGAAACAGCCUUCCUGGGAAUUUACACAAUUAAAGCAGGAAUGGCCCAAAGCAUAUACAGCAAUGUGGUGGAUGCGCUGAAGGAGAGGGGUUUGGACAUUCACAGAGUUAUGGGUCUUGGAUCUGACGGGGCGAGUGUCAUGAUGGGUUGCCAUUCUGGUGUUGGUGCUCUGUUAAAAAAACAGAGUGCGUUUGCUGUCCAGGUGCACUGCAUAGCGCAUCGCGUAGCAUUGGCAGCGUCAGAUGCAUCCAAGGCAGUCCAAAUGGUUGCAAAUUACAGACGCACAGUAAAUUCGGUAUACUCAUUCUACAAAAAUUCUGCCACCAGAACUAAUCGACUACGAGAGCUCAGUGCUACCCUCAGUGACGAAGACAUGACAAGCUUGAAACAGCAAUGCGCAGUGCGCUGGCUCUCCCUCGGCAAAGCCGUGAGGGCUGUCCAAAAGAAUUGGCCUGCGCUGAUAAGGGAGCUCACCGAGGAAGCGGCCAAUGGCAAUGCCCAAAGUCAAGGGCUUCUAAACCAAAUUCGAUCAUACAAAUUCAUUGCCCUGACGCACACCCUCUCCGAUGUCCUGCCCGUUAUGGAUAGGCUCAACCUGUGUUUCCAGAGGGAGGACGUCAAUUUGGGAUGUAUCUCGCCCAUGGUACAAGCUUCAGUGGCUGCACUAACCCAACUGAAAGGCACCCCAGGCGCAGAAGAGCAAGGCUUUCACUGUGCGUACAUGGACGGCAAGUUCAAGGACUUGACAGUGACGGAGAGCUCAGAGAAACAUGUGCGCACGUUCAACAACAGGAGGGAGCAGUACAUUGGAGAGCUCAUCGAAUCGCUGGAGAGAAGAUUCCCCCGUGAUGACCUGGAUAUCCUGAAAGGAUUCGACUUAAUCUUCAAUCCCGAUAGAUACCCUGUAUCCUCUGAAAUGCAACAAUAUGCUCAGCACGCAGUCAAGCCUUUGAUGGAGCAUUAUGGGACACUGAAGGAGACGGAGACGGGCGCGGUGGAACCCUUAAUUUCGCCAGAGAUUGCCCUGCGAGACGUGGUGCCUUUGAUGACAGCUGUUCGUGGAUACGGCGGCCUUAACUUCCUCACUGCAUGCGAGACCGUCGUCCGAGAAUUGGGAGACAUGUUUCCCGAUUGGGCAAAACUUGCCAAGAUUGCGUGUACAAUCCCGGUGUCGAGUGUGCCAGCGGAAAGGGGCUUUUCGCUUCAAAAUCGCAUAAAAACCUCUAUCAGAAACCGUAUAUCAGAGGAAAAGGUGACGAGGCUGAUGCGGAUAUCAAGCAGUGGCCCGGGGUUGAAAGACUUCAAUUUCCCUCGAGCAGCGGAGCACUUUCAUGAAAUGAAGCUGCGCAGAAAAUGA